GGAACCACACUGACUGUUCAAGUUUGCUGUGUGGUCUACAAUAUCACAUUUUACUUUAAAAUGACGUCACGCAAGUGGCAGCCGAAGCUAGACUGGCAGGUCGUUAGUCAGUCUGAGAGAGGCAAGGAGAGGCAGGAAAAUCCAGCGCGCGUUGAUAUUGCACUCCCUCUCCUCAAAUGACAAGCGCUUGUAUUUUCCUUAUACCACUACUCAGAGCGCUCUACCGAUUGCGCAAAAACCCACUGCUCUGAAGGAACUCGUUUUUCACCUUAUCUUGUCGACUUUCUUUUUCCUUUUCGUCAUAAUUAAUUCCAGCCGUCAAAAAAUGUGAGCGAGGGAGACUUUUGGCCAACUGUGACUUCCCCGCAUCUUUCGUUUUCAAGUGUAGGCUACGCGUUAUGGGCUACCGUAUGUCCGUGCUAUUUUGCUUUGGCAUCUCUGUAAAUAUUGUAGAAAAGCAAAGUGCGUGAUCAUUUUUAUCGAGGAUGACAACGGAAAACCUUGCCUGUCCGUUAUUUUUCUCAGCGUUUUGACUUUUUGUUGGAGGAAAUUCGAUGAUUAAUGUAAAGACAAAGUUUGACCGACACAAGUGGUCAGAGGACACCUUUUGGGUUUCACUCAGAGGACCACCUGUCCAGGGUCCUGGCGCAACCUUGUCAACCUCGCCUAAUUGACGAACUGCCGAAUUGUGAAGUCGAGGUAAACAAGUAGCCUUUCCAAACUUCCCAGAUAGGCUAUUUUGCGUUUUCUUCUUUAUCAAUCUUAGCGGAAUUUGCGUUUUUAAGUGGAGUGUUUAUUUUGCCGCUAUGUUGAAGGAUAUAGGCUCAGCAUGUUUGCAUUAAUGACAUUUGGAGUAAGGUUCAUCACUUGAGUCAAUCAGCCACUAUCGACAUUUGUGGUAAAGACAUCUCAAUGGGAGGAUACCUGAAGAACUGACGCGGAAUUGUUGUCGAGAAAAUGUGGAUAAAACGGUGUUUAACACGCAGUCCAAUGUCUGCUCUAAGGCCGGGGAGCGCUGUAGGGCGACGGGUGUGGAUCCUGCUCGCUAUGACCCACCUCACCCUGGAUCUCUCCCUCUGUACCCCCCUCAGUCAGGGCUUGGGGAUCAAGCUAACCUCCAAAUCUGUGCCUCGCUCUAGGCCCCGUUCCUCACAGCCCUUCUGGGAUGCUCCCAGCAUACUCCACUGGAGGACUGGAAGCCCACCAGGGCGUCGGCCCCUCAUCCCUGUCCCUCCACCCCUGGACAGCAGAGGCGUGGCAGGAGCGGGUAAUAAGCACAGAAGAGUGGCACAUAAAGGGCAGUUGUGUAAGGAGUGCCGGUCAAAAUACUCUCAGACAGAGGUGGGGCAUUUGUCAGCACCGGUUUCAAAGACUUUGUUUCCUGGGGGAAGCAAAUCAGACGCUGUGAGGUUGUUGCCGCGAGCGCGGAGGCAGCUGAAAUGGGACAGCGAUGACAAGCCUCAGGAUGGCCGGACCACCACAGUGGCUGGAUUUAUCGACUGGGGACCCACAGGAACAGAGGACAACUUUGACGAGGACGGGAAAGUGGUGCCCAAAUCCACACUGUCCACUAAGGCCUUGACCACCACAGUGGCCACCACCACCGCCACCACUACCAAGAUCCCACAAAGGACGUUUGCAGUGGUGACCACACCGCCCCCCAGGAGGCUAAGCACCACAAAGGCCAGCGUCAGCUCAGGGGAGACUGUCAAACCACCAAAGCCAUAUGGGGACACACCAGGUCUGGCAGUUCACCAGAUUAUCACAAUCACUGUGUCUCUCAUUAUGGUUAUUGCAGCCUUGAUCACAACACUUGUCCUUAAAAACUGCUGUGCACAGUCCGGGAAUGGUCGUCACAAUAGCCAUCAGCGGAAAAUCCACCAACAAGAGGAGAGCUGCCAGAACCUGACAGACUUCACUCCCGCUCGGGUGCCCAGCAAGUUGGACAUGUACACGGGCUACAACGACAGCCUGCAGUGCUCGCACGAAUGUGUGGGGACCGCCGUGCCCAUCUACACGGAUGAGAUGAUCCAGCAGAUGCCCGUCUACAAGACCACAUACAAUGGGAAUAGACCUUCUCCUACAGAAAGGCAGCUGAUUCCUGUGGCCUUUGUGUCGGAGAAAUGGUUUGAGAUCUCCUGCUGACCAGCUAAAGGCCUUUUACACUUUCUGUAGGCAGAACAUACUUCCUGAAUUUAUGCUCUGAUCCCCAUGGUCACUUACCAAGCAACAGAAACAACCUACACAAAACAACGGCCAAUUUUGUAAAAUAGUUGGAUCUCUCUGGACACCGGUGAAGAUGUUUAUUUUUCUAAAUAUUCCUACAAACGGAGCAGCCGCUUUGCUGCCACUCAUUACAUGACUUUCCAGGGACCUGAUGUUGUUAGAUGACAACGUAGAGGUAACAUUUACAGUAGAUAUAUUUACUGGACAUGUGGGACAAGAUGGUAGACGUUAUCGACGUCUCAAAGAGGAUAUAUAACUUUGGGAGGAGGAUCCCAGCAGCUGCUGUCUGUGGAAGAGGAUUUCUGAACAAUGUGCCAAUAAAGCCACUAUGUGCCACAAUCUGUAUAAAAGAAACUAUUAAUGACAACAAUCCUUGGACAAAAAAAAGACAGAGUGCUAUAUUUACCCUGUAUCAACCUGAUUCCAUCAUUUUUAUAAUGAAACAAAGAAAAAAUAUGUUAUACAAGUAUUUGAAUAUGUUUUGAGAAAAGGUUUGAAGAAUUGUGGUGCAAUCCAAAAGAUAUUUAUACA